AGUAGUAGCCAGCUAAUUCCUGAGACAUGGACUUCACACCAACCAACCCCUCUCAGCUCUCACACAACGCCACAAAAAACACACACUCACUCACUUCCUCAGUGUCGUAGUAACUAACUAACCAGUGACUAGCGUCUAGCGUCAUUUAUAUAAAGGUGCACAUUACUAAUCGCCACCACCAACCAUAAAUUUACCUCUCUCUCUCUCUCUCUCUAGAACAUGGAAUACGGAAGAUUGGGACCGUCUGAUCCUGGUGGCUCCUCGCGGAUCAACGCUCCAAGAUCUUCCGGGAAUAAGAAGAGGAUUAUCUUUGUCUCACUCCUCGCGGUCUGUUUAAUAGCGGCCUCAGCCGUUGUGGCUGUCGUAGUACGUGUCCGGGCGGACUCCAACGGGCCUGGGCCUGGGCUCCGGGGGAGGCCCACGCAGGCCAUUUCCCGCACGUGCAGCAAAACGCGGUUCCAGACGCUCUGCGUGAACUCGCUGGCGGAAUUCCCUGGAUCGGCCACGGCGUCGGAGAAGGACCUCGUCCACAUUUCCUUCAACGUCACGCUGCAGCACUUCUCCAAGGCGCUCUACUCCUCCGCCGCCCUCUCCUACGCCGCCAUGCCCCCGCGCGUCCGCGCCGCCUACGACGACUGCCUCGAGCUCCUCGACGACGCCGUCGACGCGCUCGCCCGCUCCCUCGACACCGUCUCCGUGGGCGCGGUCGGCCGCGCCGACGACGACGUGCUCACGUGGCUGAGCGCCGCCCUCACCAACCAGGACACGUGCGCGGAGGGGUUCGCCGACGCCGCCGACGGCCCCGUGAAGGAGCAGAUGGCCGGCAACCUGAGGGACUUGUCGGAGCUCGUGAGCAAUUGUCUGGCGAUAUUCUCCUCUGCCGGCCCCGGCGACGACUUCGCCGGCGUCCCCAUUCAGAAUAGGAGGCGACUCAUGGCAAUGCGAGACGAUAAUUUCCCGAGAUGGUUGAAUCCAAGAGAUAGGAGAUUGCUGAGUUUGCCCCUGAACGCGAUUCAAGCGGAUAUUGUGGUCUCCAAAGACGGUAACGGCACCGUUAAAACCAUCGCCGAUGCCAUUAAGAAGGUGCCCGAUUAUGGUUCACGCCGCUUCAUUAUCUACGUCAGAGCUGGAAGGUAUGAAGAGGAGAAUUUGAAGUUGGGGAGGAAGAAAACAAAUGUGAUGUUCAUAGGGGACGGGAAGGGCAAGACCGUCAUCACGGGUGGAAAAAAUUAUUACGAGAACCUGACCACAUUUCACACCGCAUCCUUUGCUGCUAGUGGUGCUGGUUUCAUCGCAAAAGACAUGACGUUCGAGAACUACGCGGGGCCGGGGAAGCACCAAGCGGUGGCCCUCCGCGUCGGAGCGGACCACGCGGUGGUGUACCGGUGCAACAUCAUCGGAUACCAAGACACAUUGUAUGUACACUCCAAUCGUCAAUUUUUCCGCGAAUGCGACGUUUACGGAACCGUGGACUUCAUAUUCGGCAACGCUGCGGUGGUUUUCCAAAACAGCAGCCUCUACGCUCGCAAGCCCAUGGCCCAACAGAAGAACACCAUCACGGCCCAAAACCGAAAAGACCCGAAUCAGAACACGGGCAUUUCGAUCCACAACUGUCGGGUACUGGCCACAGCGGAUCUGGAAGCUUCGAAGGGUAGCUACCCCACGUAUCUGGGUCGGCCCUGGAAACUUUACGCUAGAACCGUGUACAUGUUAUCCUACAUGGGGGAUCACAUACAUCCACGUGGAUGGCUCGAGUGGAACACUUCGUCGUUUGCUUUAGACACGUUGUACUACGGUGAGUACAUGAAUUCUGGGCCCGGUGCGGCGGUGGGCCAACGCGUGAAUUGGGCCGGGUAUCGGGUGAUCACGUCGACGGUGGAAGCAUCUAGAUUCACGGUGGGCCAAUUCAUAUCGGGCUCAUCCUGGUUGCCGUCCACCGGAGUGGCAUUCAUUGCUGGGUUAUCGACCUAAAUUCCACGCUUCUGUUGACACGUUUGGAUCUUGGUCCAUAUUUUAAACCAAUUUGCCAAUAUGAUUUUAUAGAUAUUUUAUUUUAUUCGUGAAUGUACUAAAGUACAUUAUAGUUUUUAUUUUUUUUUAACCCAAUGCUGAUAAUAAGGAAUAUAAGUUGUAUGUAAACAGUGUUUAAUAAUGUUAUAUAUAGCUCUUAUUUUUGGCUUGCCAAA